AUGGCUCGUCUCUCGAAUCUGACCCCGGCUCUUGCCCUUGUUGCUCUUGGCUUUCUUUCCGCCGCCGCUGCUUUCAUCGUCGACCCGAUCCCUGGUGGGCGGGAUUCACGUCCACUUACAGGAUCGAUGUCUGCGAGUCAGUCAGCCAUCCCAUCAACGUUCGUUACCAUCAUCUCCGUGUCCUCGUCCUAUCCUCCUCCACAACCACGUACUGGGCCGACUCCGCCCUUCCCCAUCCCCAUCAAUGCCACAAAUUUCGGCCCAUACCCAACAGCUCCAGGUGCCCCUCUGCCUUUGUGCUCUGGUCCACCAGCCACCUAUACCGUCUCUCACCAAGACACGGUAGCAAAGAUUGCGACCAAGUUUAACGUCACUACCGACGCUUUGGAAGCUACAAACGCUGGCCGAGUCCGCUUUUGGGACUUGCUGGAGGAUGGGAUAGAACUGGUCAUUCCUCCAACUACAUGCUCCCUGUAUCGACCUUCAGGGUAUUCCGCAACUCUCACUUCGCCACCACCAUUGGCUUCGACCUCAAUUGCCACUAUGUACAACUCAUCUGACCAAUCCUCUUCUCAUCCUACUACGACUGGUCCAGUCACAGCCUGGACCGUCGCUUCGGGGGACAGUGGUUCGGUCAUUGCUUCGAAGGCAAAUGUUCCAUUCUUUGCAAUCUCCUCGGCAAAUCCGUCGGUGACAUGGACAGCGCUUUCAGUUGGACAAAUCCUGGUGAUCCCACCUUCGCCCACUGCUCUGGCACAAGUUACGGGAAGUCUAGCUGUGAAGUCCUUUGACAGCCGCGACGGAAUGGGCACACCCAAAGUCAUGUACACCGAGUACAACGGUGACGGAUCUACCGUCCAAGGCUGGCCCGCUAUGUCUGAAUGGCUGAGUUUCAACGCUCAAUGGGAGAACAUCAAGAAUUACAUUGGCAAGCGUUGCGGAGAUGGUGUUCUCACCAACCUGGACACCGAAACCAACGACCUGAAGAUGUCCAUCCUGACCGUGGCCUCCGACACGUAUAUCGAUCCCCGAUUCGUCCUCGCGACCGUGAUGCAAGAGUCAAACGGUUGUGUUCGCGUCCAGACCACCUCGGACGCCAACCCGAACCCCGGCCUCUUGCAGAGCUUCAACGGCAAGGGCACCUGCAAUCACAACGGCACCUUUGACACACCCUGUCCGCCCCCAGUGAUCCACCGAAUGGUCAUUGACGGCGUGGCGGCGCCCAUCGACGGAGUCACUAUAGUGGCGGCGCUCAAUCAGGCUGCCGAGAUGGCCGGUGUCGAGCCCGCUCAGGCCCAUUACCGGGCUGCUCGAUUCUAUAACUCCGGGCCAGAGAGUCUUCCGCCUGAGACGAACGGUGAUCUCGGUAGUGAUAUCACGGCGGCCACUCGUUGCUAUGCCAGUGAUAUUGCCAAUCGGCUGCUUGGCUGGUCGAACGGGAGCACGGGUCGUAGUCCGUGCACGCUGGACAAGAAGGGUUGA